UUGCGAAUCAACCAGCUGACUAAACAACAGAAGAAGCUGUUGAGGGAGGGUGAGGCCGCUGGGGCCAAGAUGGGCAGAAUCCUUCAGCGUARAAUAGACAUGGCUCACAGCGCGAACAGAGAGAAGGCCCUGGCUGAGAAGAAAYGCUCCAACGAGGCCCUGAUCCGCCGGAUCAAGAGAACCAAACWGGUAAGAGAAGUGGAUUUUUAGGAUCUGCCAGAGUUUAAUGGUUUAAAGGUAAACACAUUUGUUUUAUUCAGGAGAUUGCAAASCGUAAGAAAGUGAACCUGGAGCUGGAAAUGAAAAAGGACCAUCUGAGCAGCCUCGUUGAGCAUAAGGAGCAGCAGCUAGCAGAACAGACUUCCAUCCGCAGACAACUAGACUCUGACUUGGAGAAGCUCCAGGACAAAAAAGAAGCAGAAAAAAUCUUUUUACUGGCUGCGCAGAAUCGCUGCAGGAAGCUGCGGGAUGUUUGCGAGGGCAAGUACAGGGUCUCCUCCAGCAGAGAAGCUAUCGCAGCUGCUCUGCAGAGAGAGAGGGAGCGCCUGGAGGCUGUCAGCACCGUGGUGCAGGACGUGUGUGAGGCGCACCCCCAGCACCAGGGGGCGCUCCACAAACUCUCCCAAACACUGACGGCUUACAAGCAAAUCUCCCAGGAGAAGUAAAAUAGCAGAAACGCAGAUUAGAUCAGCCUCUCUGUGAAGAUUACACAACACUUUUACUCAUUUUACUUUUAUAUUUUACUCCUGUCAUUUUCUGAGUUUUAUUUCUUUAAGCUACAAAUGUUGCUAAAUCCUUUAACUUGUGGCAAGUUCCUUUAGUCUCUGUAUUUAACAAAAUUAGUUCAAUUGAGUGUUUGCUUUUAAAAAUGACUUGUUGCAUGGAAAUAACAAAAAUAAUUAAUAAAAAUUUUAAAAACGA